AUGAAAUACAUUAGGUUAGAUCAUGAAAAUAAGAAUGCUAGUGUACCAUUAUCUGAAGAACAAAUUAUUGCUAUUCUCAAAGAAAAUAAUAUUAUUUCUGAUAAUGAAGAUGAUAAGAAUAUUAUUUUAGUAACUAGUUUUGAAGCUCUAAAUGCAUUUGAUAAAAUUUUUGACUAUUUGAAAUAA